AUGAACGACGGUACAGACUCCCCCUCCUCUUCGGGGGCUCCUCGAACGGAAAAGAAGAGACGGCCCAUCUACGCUUGUCUUCCGUGUCACAAGCGGAGAGUCAAGGCAAGUACUUUGAUAGCCCCUCCGCCGUCUUGUUCGCUUCUUGAAGAAGCCGAGGGCUACCUUGUGACAUCAUUUGAAGAGACAGAACUGACUCGUCUGCUUGUCCAGUGCGAUCACCUUAAGCCAUGUACACCCUGCUGUCUCCGGGGAACGCCUUCGCAGUGUGAAUUUACCGAGGAAGGAAGCAGUGCACAUAUGCUGCAGUCAGAUCUCAUCAAGAGUCUCACGGAAGAAUGCGCAUACUUGGAAAGCCGGUUGGCCGAGCUGGAGUCAUUACAGCAGCACUCGCCUGAGAAGGGGUAUAUACCUGCCGAGGAAUCUGACAGCUCGCACUCGCUCGCAUAUAUGGCACGCAGGGCUGGUGUUUCUGGAUACCUCGCUCUAGAAAUGGCCCUUUACGAUGAAGCCGGCGGUUACUCUCUUAAAGACACGAAUGGUGUCCCAGUGGCUGUGGCCGCAGAUUCCCUGUGUCCGGAGUUGGAUAACUGCUUCGCCGAAGCGGACGCCAUAUAUGCAUCUAAGGUUUUUGUCGAUCUAGAAAAACUGCCUGUUUCUGAGUAA